GUGGUUUAUGUCGUUGAAGCGUUGCACCCGGAAGUCUUUGUAAACAAACCCUGAGUUUCCCCUGAACAACAGAGAGACGGAGCCUGUCCGAGCUCCGUGAUGACAUGAUAAGAAGAAACAUGGAGGAGGAGGAGCAGCGGCUGCAGCUCGGAGGGAACCCGGACUGGAUGUCCCGUCUCCCCGAGGAGCUGCUGGACGUCCCGCUGUGGAACCUGGCCCUGCCCGGGAGCCAUGACAGCAUGUCCUUCUGCCUGGACGUGUCCUCUCCCGUGCUCAGAUCAGAGCCCUGCCUCCUCAGAGUAUUCGACAGGCUGUUUCCCUGCUGGACUCGACCCUGUGUGUACCGCUGGGCCACCACACAGCAGUCGGUCCUCAGCGAUCAGUGUGACCUCGGUAUUCGGUUCUUGGACCUGCGGAUCGCCAGGAAGCCUGCGGGAGGCAACACGCUGUUCUUCGCCCACGGCAUCUACUCGCUGAUGGCCGUCAAGGAGGCUCUGGACGAAGUGGCUGCCUGGCUGGACGCUCAUCCUAAAGAGGUCGUGAUCAUCUCCUGCUCGCGUUUCGAUUCGCUGACGGACAAAGAUCACGCCCGUCUUGUGGAGAACAUCAUCACACUGUUUGGAGAAAAACUCUGCUCCUCACAGGAGACCCCCACUCUGCGUUCCUGUUGGUCCAGAGGGCAGCAGGUCAUCGUUUCCUAUGGAAACCUGCAGGUGGUGCUGCAGCACCCUGAGCUGUGGGCUGAAAUUCCUUACUGGUACGCUGACAGCCCAGACCCGAAGAAGGUGAUCGCUUUCCUCGAGGACCAGAAGCGCAGAAGGCGACCAG